AUGCCGCCAAUCCUCCAUCCGCGCUCGCGGUCAACAAGCUCCCUCUUUGCUGCCACCAUGGUAGCUUCUUUUGUCAUCGUCGGCCUCCCUCACAUAUUCCCCUGUCCCGCUCCGCGCCGAACACUAGCCGAUUCGCAAGUCGAGAUGACAGCCGACGGUCAACAGAUUAUGAGACCGCGGAGGAGAAGGAAAACACCAGAAAGCACACUACAAGAAGAUAAUAUGCAAUAUACUAAGGAUGCUGCUGCAACGAAAGCAGUACCGACGCAAUACGGAGAAUCAUCGGCUGACGAGGUAGCGACGUUCCUACAAAUGGAGGCUGAAGCAGAGUCACUUGCGCGCAUUGGUCGAGAAUAUGCGGUGCUUUCUGCACUUAUCAUCAGAAAAGUGCCCUACACAGAAAUUGACUGGACAACCUACAUGCAACAGAUCGUCCUCUACCAAGCCGGUGAACGUGACUAUACCGCAAUCAAAGGCGACACCGGCCCUCUCGUUUACCCCGCCGGCCACGUUUAUAUCUACUCCUUUUUAUACGAGUUGACGAACAAGGGACAAGACAUUGCGCUGGCACAAUACAUCUUCGCGGGAAUAUACAUUGCGACCUUGAUCGUUGUUCUGUCUUGUUACAUCAAAGCCGGUGCGCCACCAUACUUGCUUCCGUUGCUGGUGCUUUCCAAACGACUGCACAGCAUUUACAUGCUGAGAUUGUUCAAUGAUGGAAUUGCGACGCUGGCUAUGUGGUUGGCUAUCUUCUUCUUUCAGCGACGACAAUUGACGAUCGCGACUACUAUAUGGUCUUUGGGAGUGGGCGUGAAGAUGUCUUUGUUAUUGCUUGCUCCGGCAGUGGCUAUUAUAAUAGCUUUAUCGGGAGGGAUUUGGGCGGCGGUACCACUUGCGCUGAACGCGAUUUUAACACAGGUGCUACUUGGCAUACCAUUUCUGCAGGAAAAUGCCAUUGGCUAUGUAUCACGCGCAUUCGAGCUCACCAGACAAUUCCUCUAUGAAUGGACCGUCAACUGGCGAUUCAUGGACGAGGAAGUCUUCGAUUCGCCCGUCUUUGCCAUCAAUCUCCUCGUUCUACACGCCGUCCUCGUCAUCGCUUUUCUCGCUACCCGCUGGAUCCGUCCAUCGGGCGAAGAAAUCGAUACAUUCGCCCAGAAGUUCAUCGAGGGCCGUUCGACAAAGGUCCCAUUAUCAAGUAAGUAUAUCACCACCACAAUCCUCUCGUCAAUGGCCAUCGGCAUGCUAUGCGCAAGAUCGCUGCAUUAUCAGUUUUAUGCGUAUCUCGCCUGGACUACGCCGUUCUUGCUAUGGCAAGCGAAACUUCAUCCCGUCUUGAUAUACGCUGUCUGGGCGGUGCAAGAGUGGGGAUGGAAUGUGUUCCCCAGCACCAUUGCUAGCUCAGCUGCUGUUGUUGUCUGUUUGGGUUUCCAGGUCGUGAUGCUUUUGGCGAGUGAUAAUUUCUCUCAGGGCCCGACAGACGAGGCGAAGAAGGCGACGGCAGAACAAAAGACAAAAUGA